AUGAGAGGUCUGGAGUCGAAAGGGCACCGAACGGGAGAGUCUAAGCUCGGCUCGAAAUGCCUGGCGCGACGAAAUAAGAACGGUCGGACUCCAACUUCAGUGCAUGCUGCCGGCGAGGGACAGGAACGACACCCUCGGAUCGCCAAGUCCACGGGGACCAAUACAGGGGAAGUUUGGCGUGAGGAUCACCUAGAGUAA